GCAAAUCUUCAGCGUCUCUUGUACACUGUAGGGAAGGUGUAGAGGUUAGUGCGCAGCACAGCAUCCCUGGCAAGCGAUUGUUACUCGGUUUUUGCCAACCAUGGUUUUGCUUGGAAUAUUACCACUUAUUUUGUGUCAAGUGUCAUUUGUCAUUACAUACUCCCAGGAUACCAGCCCUGUAGCAGAAUUUUCUGUGAGCGUAUAUCAUCAUUUGCGGCUCUCUGAAAAUGAGGAAAAUAUCAUCUAUUCCCCUUUGAGUAUCGCACUGGCCUUGGGAAUGGUUGAGCUUGGAACUCAUGGCUCAGCUUUAAAGGAAAUACGACAUGCCAUGGGCUAUGAGAGUUUGAAGAGUGGAGAUGAAUUCCAGUUUUUGAGAAAUCUCACCCAGGCUAUAACAGCUGAUGAAAGCCAGUGUGUUGUUAAAUUGGCCAACUCUCUUUUUCUUCAAACUGGUAUCCACUUCAGUGAGAAGGUCCUGCAACUAAUGAAGAAAUACUUUCACACUGAUAUUGAAAAUGUGGACUUUCAGCAGUCUUCAGCUGUGGCUGAACACAUAAACAAGUGGGUGGAAAACCAUACUGAAAAUAAAAUAAAUAAUCUGCUUUCAAGUGAAGACUUUGAUCAAGAUACUCGACUGGCAGUGAUCAAUGCCAUUUAUUUCCGAGGAAAUUGGAAGAACCAGUUUCGUCCAGAACACACUCGUACAUUUUCAUUCACCAAAGAUGAUGGCAAUGAAGUGCAGAUUUUAAUGAUGUACCAACAAGGGGAUUUUUACUAUGGUGAAUUUAGUGAUGGCACUACAGAAGCCGGAGGUGUAUAUCAAGUGUUAGAGAUGCCAUAUGAACGAGAAGAGAUGAGUAUGAUGAUUGUACUUCCAAGACAAGAGGUUCCACUUGCAACACUCGAACCAAUAAUAAAACCCCAGCUCAUUGAUGAAUGGGCAAACUCUGUAAAGAAACAGAAAGUGGAGGUGUACUUACCAAGGUUCAAAGUUGAACAAAAAAUUGAUUUAAAAAAUCAGUUACCUAAACUUGGAGUUAGAAAAAUUUUUGAGGAAGGGGCAAAUCUUGCAUUUCUUAAUGAUUCUUCUGGAAACAGUCAAAAUAUGUACAUUGGAAAGGCAGUUCAGAAGUCAUUUUUUGAGGUCACAGAAGAAGGCGCAGAAGGAGCUUCUGCUUCAGGAAUGAUUGCGCUUACUAGAAUGUUAGUUUUGUAUCCACAAGUAAUGGCAGAUCAUCCUUUCAUUUUCAUUGUAAGAAACAGGAAAACAGGUGCUAUUAUUUUUAUGGGAAGGAUAAUGAACCCCGAGAUUAAUGAAGUCAACAUGCAUGAUUUUGAUGCACUGUAAAAAAAGUUUGGUAAGCUGCUAUUUAGUCUUUGGUGCAUACUGCAUAUAUUUGUUCCAUUUCUUUAAGUUGUGCUUUUGUUACUAUUAACUAGUUUGAUAAUUUAGUCACUGAGAAUCAAACAGGCAGAUUUGUUGUUUGUUUUCCCAUUGAUACAAUAUUUGUUGGUGCUUUUCAAUUGGCUUUAUUUUCUCACUUUUU